GCACGUUCUUUCGUUAACCAAAUUCAACUUAGUAAAACACGUCCGUCACAGUCUAUUCGACGCUUGAUUUACUUACUGAUUUGUUUGCAUCUAAAAUAAAAAAGAUGACCAUGAAAUUCUCGCAUCCAGCGAAACCCUAUUACAUGACAAGCGAUCCAGAAUCGUUCGCUUACGAAUGCGUUGUUCGGAGAUGGCCAGCCUUGCUGUCCAACGUCGUUGACGACAUUUCCCGCCAUGUUUCUAAGGCUCUGGAAGCUGGCAUGUCAGAAAAUUCUUCCUAUGUUACCCAAGGAAAAUCCAUCAUCAGUCAGCUGAGUCAUCUCAAGUAUGACAUUCAGCAUAACCGUCCCUUAUUACCUUUGGAGGGAGAAGGAUCCGACUUGGAUGAGUAUAAUGAAGAAUUGAGUCAAAUCGGCCCCUUGACUUGGGGGGAUGCUCCUUGGUUGUAUGCUGAAUGUUACUUUUAUCGGAUCAUGAACCUCUUCUUACAAGCUCACUCUGAGUGGAAGCGCCAUGAUCCCUUUUUUGACCAAAAAGAUUCUACCCUGAAGUCUAGUCAUGCGGCCAUUGAAGACUUAGCUGCUCGCUAUGUCCACCUUGCCCGUGAGCUUGAAUCUGUCCACCAAAAACACGAACCCGAGGUGGCCUACAUGAUUUUCGUUGAAAUGGCGCAGGUUGCUUUAUGGGGAAAUGCAACCGACCUUAGCUUACUAACAAAUUUAACCUAUGAAGAAUUGCAGAACCUUCAGGGCCGAAAGGCUGUAGAAGAAUCUCAAAAAAACAUUUUGGUGAAUGACUUUCCAGCGGUCUGGCAAAAGCUUCAAAGUCAUCGGGGUGGUCGUAUCGAUUUUGUCUUGGAUAAUGCUGGAUUUGAACUCUAUGUUGAUCUUGUGUUCGCAGCUUACCUCCUAAAAUCAGGCAUUGCUGGCACAAUUAUUCUACAUCCCAAGGAUAUUCCUUGGUUUGUUUCUGACGCUUUAGUGAAUGAUAUUCCGCAUAUAUUUACUUCUUUGACAUCUUAUUUUUCUGGUGAUAACAUUCACCAACUCGCUUCAGAUCUCCAAGAGUUUCAUGCUGAAGGAAAAAUCCUAAUCCGCCCUAAUCCUUUUUGGACAACCGCUCAUUAUUUUGGUCGUAUGCCUGACUUUGCUCCGGCUUUAGUUGAUGAUUUGGCUCAGUCGGAUAUGGUCAUCUUCAAAGGUGAUUUGAAUUAUCGCAAAUUGACUGGCGACUGUGAAUGGCCCAAGACAACUCCCUUCGAAGUUGCUCUUGGACCCCUUGCUGGAAAAUUUAAUAUCCUAGCUCUUCGUACAUGCAAAGCUGAUGUUGUCGUCGGUCUUGAAGAAGGCUUAUUUGAAAAGAUUGCUGAACAACUCCCUCAUUGGGAACGAACGGGUAAAUAUGCCGUUGCUCAAUACUGCCCAAGAAAUUGAGUUUACAUCUUUUGAAUUUACGUAAUCUUUUGACUAUUUAUACAGUUCGAUAGCAUAGAAACAAGAUGCAAUGAUGAAAUGCUAUUCUCAAUGAAAGUAAAUCUAUGCACCAAACUAUUUUCCGUUUCCUAAUCUUUCAAUCCUUUAAUACUCGUUUAAAACCAAGGGUUAUGAAGCUUUAUUUUUGCUCUGCUUUUAUUAAACAAUGCAUGUUAGACACCCACUCCCCUGUCGCAAAUAUGAGUUUCUUUUGUUGUUUCAUUAACGCCCACGACGUAAAUUUUCCUACUUCAUUGCUUAUCGUCGAUAAUUGUACCAGUUUUUUGUUUACUACUGCAGUGCGCGAUUUAAAUUUGAAUCGGAGAUUUACUCUUGAAUCAUCUCUGAUACUGAUAACUUUACCGCACUGCAAAGCAAUCCAGUAAAAAUUUUUAGCGUUAUCAAACCUCGGCUUAAUGUCGGUGAGGUUGCGCCGUAGCAUAUAAAUCACGUAAAAGACGGAAUCUGUCCUUUGCACUUACC